GGCUGGUCUCUCCUUGCUAAUGUCAUAGGCUCUUGUCAAAGUUUUUAUCCAGUGUUAUUUUUCUGGAGGCAGUGUUAUUUUUCUGGAGAUCAUUUUCUCAUGGGGCGAAUAUUUCUGCAGCACAUUGGUGGCUCAAGACUUUUCACAUGUGGCAACUGCAAUAUAGCCCUAACUAACAGAGCAGAAUUAAUAUCAACUCGGUUUACAGGUGCAACAGGCAGAGCAUUUUUAUUUAAUCGAGUUGUAAAUCUUCAGUACAGUGAAGUUCAAGAUCGUGUUAUGUUAACUGGGCGCCACAUGGUGAGAGAUGUUUCCUGCAAGUCCUGUAACUCUAAACUUGGCUGGAUUUACGAGUUUGCCACUGAAGACAAUCAGAGAUAUAAAGAGGGGCGUGUAAUUUUAGAGAGAGCCCUAGUUCAUGAAGUUGAUGGUAUGGAUGAGCCAAUUGUGAAUGAUAGCUAAACAAAUUCAUUAUUUCGUUGUGCUACACUUAUUAUGCAUUGUAAAUUUUCUGAUAUUAUGUUGAUAGUUUUAUGUCCAAUAUAAGUGUAAAGGGUCUUAAACACUUAAAGUUGCAUCACAUUGUGUAUAUUAUUGCUAGUACUAUUUCUAAGUGCUAAAAUAUGUUUGGUGACGGGAUUUUUAUUUUUUGUGAGCAGUGAUUUGAGGGGGGGGGGGGUGAUAGUGGUCAUAUAGAGUUGUCCUGAUUGAUGAUUAUUUUAUUUUUUUUAAUUUUUAUCAUCUUUUUGGCUGAAGCUCAGAUCUUAAUUUAUGAUAGCACAGAACAUCACUUAGUUAUGCUUCAGGAAAGGUUAAACUCAUGCCUCUAUGCAUUAGUAGCAUCAAGUAAGGCACAGGUUGUCAUAAAAAUCAAAAUACCCUAUUAAUCUAGUCAGUCCAUUGGCCUUUUAAAGAUUUUCUAUUUAUUGAAUAUGACAGAGAGUUAGAUACAAUGUUAAAGUCUUGCAUCAUACUGUGUGUUUUCAUUAACUUUUAAAUUUCAAUUCAAUUUUCAAAUUGAAAAGUUUUUUUGCAAAUAAUAGUAACAUUAUUUCUCUGCUGUAUUGGUUCCAAUUCAUUUUUUAUAUCUUUCUUUUGUUGUGAAUUUAAAACCUAAUUUAGCAUGUUAACUAAUUUUGUAUUAUAAAAAGGUGGAAAUUAUACUUGGCAGCAUUUCCCAAACAUUUUUUGUUAGUGAGAUUAGUUUGAUUACUGCAACUGGAAUCUAGGUUGAAUAUUAAAUAAAAUAAAAAAGGCAACUUUAAGUUUAGAUAAAGUAAAAAAUGCAUUGUUUCUAAUGUUAAUGACAUUAAGUUUACAAAAGAUAUUUGACUUUAAUGCAAAUUGACUUCUUAAUAUUUCUUAUUUGCAAAAAUCAAUUGCUGUCAAUUUUUUUAGUUUUAGGCUGAUAUCAGUAGCUGUUGCUUGUUUAGUUCAUGAUAAAUGUUCUAAUUUAUUUACAAUAGAACACCUAAAUUGUAUUUAAAAUUGAAGGUAGUCCUAAACUAUAAAAGCUAUUAUGGACCCUAAUGGUUGACUAUCAGUUUUUGGAAAAUUAUUAAUCAUACAACUCAUAAUAAAGCACUGACGUUAACAGUUAUAACUAGAGAUGAGUACAUCUUUUUCAACUAGCAAAAGAUUAGUCUAUAUGUUAUGCGAUAAACACUAUUUUACUAUCAUGGUUGACAUUAUUUCCUGUAAAUACACAUUUAACUUACUUUGUGCAUGUAUUAUAUACCAUGAAGGGGACUGAUGUUUAUUUCUUUGGUUAAAUGAAUGCAAGACGCAACUGGCUGCACAAGCUUAGAUUAUAAAUUAAGGUUAGGUAUUGUUUGUAAUUAAACAUUUUCAACUGCACUUUAUGUUCUAGGGUUUUGGGGAGGUCUCAAGAUAUGUUUUUAUGCUGAAUGGAUUUCAAAGUAAAUGAUACAGUACAGGGUUUUACUGCAUUGGCAAAAACACUUUGUUUUAUAAUUGUUUCAUUAACACCAAACAUAAGAGUCAGUUUAUAAAUUUUCAGUCAUCACUGAUAUUGUUUCCUGCUUCUUUGCUCAUUUGUAUACAUUGAUUUUAUUUUCAUUCAGUUUUUUCAUUCUUUCUCUGUAAACUAAUCAUGAGUGCCUAACAUCGUUCAGUUUUGAAAUUGCCCAUGCUAAUGAUAUGGACAAACAGAAUUAAAUUUAUUAUUUCACUAGCUUCAUAGAUCUCUACAACAUUCUGUGCAUGAAUCCUUAUUUGUGCUAAAUGUCAGGCAUAAAAAGCGUUAUGGUUUCAAAUUUAACAAUUAUUUUCAUGUUUAGGCAUUUUCCACUAUAAUUGAAUAAUUGUUGGUUUAGUUUCAAUUUUAGCUCAAAUAUAGAUACAUUUUGUACUUAAACUAGGUGUGUUGCAGGAUUCGUUUUUGUUGCACUUAAAUGUACCAGGUCCAUAAAACUAUAUGAAAGACUUCUUUCAUAGACUAAAAUCUGGGACAGGAAGUUUACAUCAAAUUCCAUUCUUUGGUUGAGACAUCCUUGACCUCUUACAAUUAAGUUUUAGUUAAGACAUUCAAAAUUUCUUUAGAUCUCAAACUGUGAUUAUUGUACCAAAGUAGGGGAGGGGAGACACCACGCUUAUUUCUUCAUAUGGUGGUGCAACUGCACGACAUUAAGUUUUUAAAAUUAUCUUUAUAUUAAAUGAUUUAAAUAGGAUGGACAAUAUAUAUUUGUGUUCAGAUUAAUUCUAAAAUUCUUAAGUGUGCAGAGGGUAACAAUAAGAUGGUUUACAAAAUAAAGAUGAAAUUAUAAUUUAGAUAAAAACAUCUUUAUUAAACUGGAUGUUAUGAGUUAGUGUUAUUUUUACACUUAGCCAUGCAGCAAUAUUACCAUUCCAUCCAUCCAUUUCAACCUGAUAAGUUUUUUAUCAAAAAAUAAAACUAAAAUGAUAAACAACUUUUUUAUGGUAAAGGAUUAUUUGAUCUUGCCUGUAACUUUGGAGCAGGUUUGUGUGAUGUAUAAUGUACCAGUCUCUAAAUGUAAGGUUGAGGCAAAUAAAUGUAGAGUUGUGGGAUCC